AUGUCGUCGUCGCACCCCGAUGCCGCGUUCGCAACGAAUUCCCCUACCACUACCCUCGAAGUUUUAGCUAGAGAUCUCUCUACGUCUCUCUUUCGUGCCACACAUCACGGACUGUAUGACAAGGUUGCGGUCCUGGCCCUACAUUGGGAAAACGAUGAUAUAGGCGUGGAAGCUAUGGAAAGUGAACUGCUUAACCUGUUUAAAAGGGUUUAUAGAUUCAACGUCCAAACUUAUGUGAUUCCACUGGUUACUACACAGUUUGGCUUUACGGUCUUUCUCAACGGGUGGCUCGAAGAUAAUCAGGGAGAACGAGUACUGCGCAUCAUAAUAUACUCCGGCCAUGCACGUGCAGGGGGAACAAGGGACACCGAUUGGUUUUUAGCGGGCCGAACUGACCGUUAUGGCAAUCUGCGCGGACCCAUUUUGAAUUGGUGGUUGGUCCGAGGCACGGUGAACACCUAUCCCGGAGAAACGUGCUACAUUUUCGAUUGCUGCUCCGGUGGAUCUGUAGUACUUGGAGACCACGGUGGGGGUGAGCUUAUCGCUUCUUGUGGGUGGGAGGGCUUUGCUACCGCGGAACACGCCUGGUCCUUGACACAAGUCUUGCUUGAAACCCUCCAUGAUCUGAAUGGCAGUCCUGCGACUCUCGCGCAGGUGUUUGCAAGAGUUUUCCGUCGUGGGCACCAAAAUCAACUUGGAGCAAGCCCCGUGUAUGUUCCACAUGAGAGUCGGCCAAGUGUGACUUUGGCUCCCCUCGGUCCGGAGAGGGCAAUCACCCGCCCUUCCACAGCACGGUCAUAUCCACAAGUCCUGCUCAGCGUGAAGGUCCGGGCUACUAUGCCCCAUGAUACUACUGUGUGGCAGGCGUGGUUGCAAUCUCACAUCCCUCCCGAUGUCGUCGACGCCAAUGUCACCGUUCAGGCAGCUUUUCAAGGAUCGUGUCUGCUCUUGCUCACUCUGCCUACUGAACUCUGGAUCAUGUUACCCCGUAACAAUGGAGCUUACACUUUUGUCGCGCAUGUAAAUUCCAACAUCCUGACCUGCUCUCAGCAGCCGAUAACGAUGCCCAUCCGACCCAUGCAAUCCAUGCACCCAACCCUCCCUCCCGCAAGAGAAAACAGCCCUCCGCGCGGUGUCGCCCGGGAUUCCUCCCCAGGAAAAAGGAACAUUUGA